AUGGCGGCAGAAACAGUCGCAACGACGCAGCUGCGCCUCGCCUCGCCCAACGGCAUCAUCACACGAACCGUCCUGAAAUCUCCCCUCCGUGAUGCGCUGCCCUCUGAAAUGCCCAUCAUCGACAUCUCGUCCAUCUUCAGCCCGUCCCUCGGCGAGCGCCAGGCCGUCGCCCAGCAGGUGCGCGCGGCAGCCCAGAACAUGGGCUUCUUCUACAUCAAGAACCACGGAAUUCCCGAGGACGUGACACAAAACGCCUACGAGGCAUGUCUGGCGUUCUUCAGGCAGGACAUGGAGACCAAGAUCAAGGCCGACUACAAGAAUGCGAAAUGGGGCAAUGGCUACAAGGCACCGGACACGCAGCGGCUGAAUCCGUACGAGGGGAUUGAUGUGCGGGAGUCGUUUUCGUAUCGCUACGACCCGCAGUAUGAUCCUGCGGUUGGGGAAGAAGGGCUUGAGGAUAUACCGGAGGAAGUGAAGAGGCAUCUGCGCAAUGAAGUGUAUCCGUGGGAGAAGACGAGCAACCUGCCGAGGCUGAAGGAGAGCAUGGUGAGGCAUAUCGGGGAGUGUCUGGCGCUGGCGAGGGCGCUGACGAGGUGCUUUGCGCUGUCGCUGGGGUUGGAGGAGGGAGUCUUUGAUGACAAGGUCAAGUAUCCCGAUGCGUCGUAUGGCCUGAAUUACUAUCCGCCGAUUACACAAAGGGCUACUGGUGCUACUGGGAUACUACAAGAUGAUGAUGAAGAACAAGUGUCGAUCGGUUCACACACAGACUUCCAGCUCUUCACCAUCCUCUGGCAAGACUCGCACGGCGGGCUGCAGGUGCUCAACAAGCAGGGCCAGUGGCUGCGCGCAAAGCCCAUUGCCGACACGCUGGUGGUGAACCUGGGCGACUUUAUGCAGCGCAUCACAAACGAUGCCUACAUCAGCACGGUGCACCGGGCAAGAAACUACAGCGGCAAGGAGCGGGUGAGCAUCCCGUUCUUUUGGGGCUUUGGGCUGCAUGAGACGUGCAGCGUUGUGGUUGUCAAGGAGGGCGAGGAGAAGAAGUAUGAGGAUGUCAAGUGUGAAGAGUGGGUGAGGAGGAGGAUUGAGGGUAUGUUGCAGUUGAACUAA